ACAACCGCCGCGCUCCACAGCUGAACGUGAGUCAUUUCCGCUGGCAGUUAUUGUUGCUUAUUGCUGCUGUCGGGACGGAAGAGUGGUGUCAGGUGCCUGAACUGUAAACAGUAGUGGGAGAUGGCUGCAAAUGGAGCGGAAUGUGAGCAGCCGCAGAAAAGACUAGGGCCUAAAGACAAGCAGAACGGCAGCUCUACAGAUUCAUCUCUGAGAGAGAGAAAGCAGCAGGACCGAGAAGAGCGUCUCUCUUUAGUGUUGUGGAAAAGGCCUUUUAUCACACUACAGUAUUUCUUCCUAGAAACCAUCAUUACUCUUAAAGAAUGGACAUGGAAGCUUUGGCAGAGAAGAGGUGUGGUAUUUCUGACAGUAGUCCUUUUUUCACUUUUCUCACUGGCUUAUUCAAUAGAAGGAGCACAUCAGGAGUAUGUGCAGCACCUGGAGAAGAAGUUCCUAUGGUGUGCCUACUGGGUAGGCCUGGGUAUUUUGUCUUCGGUUGGUCUCGGCACUGGACUACAUACGUUUCUCCUGUACCUGGGUCCACACAUAGCUUCUGUCACCUUGGCUGCGUAUGAAUGUGGCUCUGUGAACUUCCCCGAGCCACCGUAUCCAGCACAGAUCGUGUGUCCGGAGGACGAGGCCCUGCAGGAGAGCAUCUCACUGUGGACCAUCAUGUCCAAAGUUCGCCUGGAGGCCUGCAUGUGGGGUGCGGGCACAGCCAUUGGUGAGCUGCCUCCGUACUUUAUGGCUCGAGCGGCACGAAUGUCUGGAGCAGAUCCUGAUGAUGAGGAUUAUGAAGAAUUCGAGGAGAUGCUGGAGCAGGCACAGAGCGCACAGGAUUUUGCAUCAAGAGCCAAACUUGCAGUGCAAAACAUGGUGCAGAAAGUGGGAUUUUUUGGAAUUCUGGCUUGUGCCUCUAUCCCGAAUCCCCUGUUUGACCUGGCUGGAAUCACCUGUGGUCACUUUCUGAUUCCCUUCUGGACCUUCUUCGGAGCAACUCUUAUCGGAAAGGCCAUUAUAAAGAUGCACAUUCAGAAACUGUUUGUUAUCAUUACGUUCAGCAAGCACAUAGUGGAGCAGAUGGUGUCUCUGAUCGGUGUCGUUCCUGGAGUCGGAGCAUCUCUUCAGAAGCCUUUCAGGGAAUAUUUGGAGGCCCAGAGAACCAAGCUUCACAACCCAGCAGGCAAUGGAGCAGCAGCAGGUGAAAGCUGGCUCUCGUGGGUGUUUGAGAAAGUGGUGCUGGUGAUGGUGUGCUACUUCAUCCUGUCCAUCAUCAACUCCAUGGCACAGAGCUACGCCAAACGUCUCCAGCAGAAGAAAUACUCAGAGGAGAAAACUAAAUGACGGACUCACAGAAAAGCAUCUCACGCUCCUCCUUUGGAACCUACAAAAUAUUUAAGCUAAAACUGCUACAUGAGCACUGAUUUCUGUGCGCUUCUGUAUGUUAACCUUCAUCCAGAUCCCUUUAGUUCAGUCCCUCUUCAUUUGUCUGUAGUUUGCUCGGCUAUUUAAAAAAGAAAAUCACAUUUAACUUUUGGAGCGUUUUUGUCUUUAAACUACCGAGGCAGUCUAGAUGACUGGCUGUGUGUGUGGACUCAUAUAUUUGUUGCAAUGCCUUAUGCAACAUUCGGAGGUCAUGCUUCCAUUGAAGUGAAUACAGUUCUUAAUCAAUAGAUUGAUUUAUUUAAUUUCUAACAUACAGGUAUGGAUGGGCAGGGUCUGCUUUUUUCUGAGGUUUCGUGAUUGGAAUUUUCAGGGAUGUUUUUUUUAAAUGGAUAUUGAUGUCAUUUUUUGUAUUUCUUUAACUGUUCGAAGAGGAGAGCAAUAUCAACUCGGAUCAUGGUGGUUUCUCAAUAGUUUGCACAUCUUGUAAGUUAUGGUUGGACUAGACACGCACAUGAUGUUUAUUCUCUUAAACUUAAAUCUUAAACCAAAAUGUCACAAACUUAGUGGAUGUAACUUUUAACCCAAGAAAAUGACAUGCUGUUUGCAUUUGUUUGUGCGUUUGGACCUUUGACUUUUGAACUAAAACCAUAAAUUGAUCCAUCCUUUUAUUUUCUUAUUUGGGCUGAAAUAUUUGUGUAGCUAACUGAAAUACUUAAUUUUUUCUUUCUCAGAAAUAUUGUUGCGUUUGUUUGACAUUAAAUUGAUUAAUACA